UCUCUCUCUACAUGGCUUCUUAAAGGACUCUCUUCCCUUCUUUCCCCUUCUCUCUCUCUCUGUAGGGGGAUCGCCCUCUUUAUAUCUUGACUCUUGAGCAUGCAUAAAGGAGUCUUGCAAGGGUUUGCUUCCUGAACUCGUUGUGGUCCAUUAGAGGUGGGGGAGUCAGGCUCGCAGUUCAUCGUCUCAAAGGAAGUUCUCCACUUUAUCCAUGGCGUCUUCACUUGGAGCAUGUUUCGGCCAUUAUCGUGCUAAAUUUGGAGGUUCUGCUAAAUUGGAGGGAGAUUUGGGGGUGGUGAUGAAGAAAGCUAGAGUUUUGAAUUCAGAAGCGGCUGGUUUCAGCCUUAGUUUUCAUGGAGCAUUAAUGAGGGAGCACUGGGAUACAUUUGGAGGUUCACUAAAAUUGGAGGAGGAUUCACAUGAGCGGAUGAAGAAAAACCCUAGGGUUUCUCGUUCCAGUCGUUCCAAGUUCCAUGGUGCCUUGCAGUUAGAGCAACUGGCCUCUCAAGGAGAAAACAAUUUGAUGAAGAAACAAAAUGGAAAUGGAGUUUCUCCUUCUAAACUGGAGAAGAAUUUCGCCAAGGGGGUGAAAAAGCCUAGGAUUUUGAUAGCAGGAGGAGGGAUUGGAGGCCUGGUUCUUGCAUUGGCUGCGAAGAAUAGGGGUUUCGAUGUCAUGGUUUUCGAGAGAAAUUUAAGCGCAGUGAGAGGAGAGGGGAGAUAUAGAGGGUCCAUUCAGUUACAGAGUAAUGCCUUAGCUGUGUUACAAGCCAUUGAUAAAAAAGUUGCAGAGAGAGUAAUGGACGCUGGUUGCGUUAAUGGCAAUCGAAUCAAUGGCAUGAUAGAUGGCAUCUCAGGAGAGUGGUUUGUUCGGUAUGAUUAUUUUACUCCUGCUGCAGAGAGGGGUCUUCCACUCACACGAGUUAUCAGUAGGAUAACUUUGCAAAAAAUAUUAAUGGAUGCUGUUGGGCCUGAUGUUGUUUACAACAUGUCUAAUGUUGUAGACUUCACAGAUGAUGGCACCAAGGUUACUGCAAUUCUUAGCAAUGGCCAACAAUAUGAAGGUGAUGUGUUGGUUGGUGCAGAUGGAAUAUGGUCAAAGGUACGUGGAAAGUUGUUUGGGAAGCAGGAUGUUAAGUAUUCAAGUUAUACAUGCUACAGUGGCUUAACAGAAUUUGUACCGCCAGAUAAUGAGACAGUUGGGUAUCGAGUCUUUCUGGGUUACAAGCAAUUUUUUGUUACUAUGGAUGUAGGAGAUGGAAAAACGCAAUGGUAUGCAUUCCACUACGAGCCUCCUGGAAAUAGUGAUCCUCCUGAAGGUAAAAAAAGACGACUUCUUCAAUUAUUUGGAAAUUGGUGCAAUCUAGUUGUAGACCUACUUCAUAAAACUCCAGAAACCACGAUUCUUCGGAGAGAUAUUUAUGAAAUAGAUAUGUUGGGUACCUGGAGCAAAGGUCAUGUGACGCUGUUGGGUGAUGCUGCUCACGCCAUGCAACCAAAUCUAGGGCAAGGAGGAUGCAUGGCCAUUGAGGAUUGUUACCAACUUAUCAUUGAGCUUGAGAAAGCUGCCAAGCUUGGGUUCAGAAAUAGAUUAUGCAAAGAAAUUCCUUACGCCUUGAAGAGAUAUGAGAGUAAGAGGAUGUUGCGGGUCGGUAUAUUGCAUUCUAUAAGUCGAUUGGCAGCAGAUUCAUUAUCCUUCUACCAUCCUUACUUUGAUGUCGGACUAGGAACCAUUUCAGUAAAAAAUCAUCUUCUUUUUGAGGCGAGGCACUUCGUGCAAUUUGGUUUGUCAGUGAUGAUGGAUUGGAUUACAGCAGGGAAUAGAUGAAAUCUUGAGGGUUGGGGUGCCAAAGAGUGGACUCUGACAAAUGUCAGGGCGCCAUUUAUAAACUGGGAGGAAUACAACUGUAGAUGACUGAUGUGUGAUAUAUGGCACAGCAUCCAACAUCCAUUCUCAUCACUUGGGGUGGGAUACUAAUCUACCCAAGUGAAUGGCUUCGUCUGGGACUGUAGUUAAAUCCUCAUCACGCAUCAUCAUUAAUCGUUAGUGGAUGUCCUGAAGUACCAUGUAUCAUAUGCCUUAUGGUGUAUGAUAUACUCUCUAAUAAAAUGGGGAGUCAAGAUGUGACAUCCUCAUUUCUGUAUGGCAUGAUGCCCUUAUCCACCGCUAUUUGUGUUUCCAAGUCAUUGUUUUUGGGAUGCAUGAUCUGGUGUCCUGGGCUAAUCUUCAUCGCCUAUCCCAUUUGAAGGUGGAGAUGAUGCACAAUGGGCGGGCCCAUGUUAAACAGCACGGCCGACCAAUCAAUCUAGAUUGCCACUAUCAUGGGUGUUGACGGUGGCAAAUGCACAUAUACCAUUGUGUGCUCCUUAUUGUUUUCUUUUAAUUUAUUGGUAUGAAGAUUGAAAUAUGAGUAGGGGGCAUCAUGACUUACAGUACUAAAUUAAUAAUAUAAUAAAUGGACUCUAACUUCCUUUA